UUGUUAUCCUCAGUCCUGGCACCCUGCAUCACUCUGUCCUAUCUCUCCAUCCUUCUCCAUCGCUACAUAGUGGGACUCCUCCAUCUGCAACAUCCCUUUAGGAACCCAAAGAGUCAGGAACCAUGCUGACCAUUUUGGCGCUAGCAUCGGUCAUACUGCUUGGAAUAGUGCCCCAACAGUCGGAGGCCAUCGUCAUCUACACGGGCUGGGAGCGUCACGCCCUGGUGGGGUCAGACAUCCGUCUGUCAUGUUCAUUCUUCUCCUGGCGCUGGACUUCCGAUGACGUCACCUUCUCCUGGAGCUACCGUGCCGACGGAGCCAGGGACAGCAUCUCUGUCUUCCACUACGCUGGUGGAUCUCCCUAUGUGGACAACAAGGGACCGUUCAGAGACAGGCUGGAGUUUGUGGGGAACCCUGGUCGCCGGGACGGAUCCAUCCUACUCAAGAACCUGGACUACGGAGACAACGGCACCUUCACCUGUGAUGCCAAGAACCCGCCUGACAUAGUGGGACGCGCCUCCAGUGUCAGACUGCUGGUCUUUGAAAAAGUUCCCAUCCAGGCCGGAGUGAUCACAGGGGCCAUCAUCGGUGCGGUGCUGGGUCUGUUGGUGCUCGUCGUGGUCAUCUACUAUCUCAUGAGGUUCCUGGUGGCCCGCAGAGUCUUCAACCUCAGUGUCAGCAAACAUGGAAAGAAAGGGAAGGGUAAAGAGGGAUCACAGCAGAGACAGUGAUGGACACCUCUCCUCUCCUCCACCCCCCUGAUCACCACCACCCCUCUCACUCCCCCACCAAUACCACCACACCCCUGCACGUUCAUUCACCCACCAUUUCUGCUGGUUGGAAUGCCACGUCGCUGUCUUCUGCCCAACUAUUGGCCAGGGAUGGAAACAGAAUCAUCCUCGUUAGUUCUCAUUGAAGACUUUAAUUUAGCUAUAGCUCUCUGCCGGUGGCAAAAGUGUGUGUUUUAUGUGUCUAUGUGUCUAGUCAGACUGUCAUGUCAAACAAAAGAUGAGGGGACAAACUGUGUACGUGUAUGUCACCCUAAAGUAAAUAGUUAUACAUUUACAUUUUACUUUACAUGUGCACGAAAACACAUGGAGACCAUGUUUUAUUUGAGAGAGGCAGACGUGUGAUAGAUCUUCUUAUGACAUUUAAUCACACUUCUGCUCUUGUAUCUGGAGGGGGAUUCUGUGUGGCUGUUCAUUUCUUUUUGGUGCAUGUUUUCCAGGUGCGGAAAAUAAAUCCUUUUCCAUUUCAGGUGUUGGUAAACUGCAUGGGGCUACAGGAGGCACUGACACAGUGAGGGGGAGAUUAUGGGGAGGACAAGGGAGGUUAACUUCAGAUGUUGCCCGUGGUAAUGAGAUUGGAAAAAAAGAAGGUGGUUGCUGGGAUGAAGAUACUUUGGCGAGAGAGACUUAUCUUGUGUGUUAAGUCAAACCAAAGUCCAUAUGUAUCAGUAAAGAUAAGGCCUCAGCUUUCUCUUUCAAGAUCCUUACCCUGAGCUUCUGUUCUGAAGGAUUGUUAGGUUAUGCAAGGUGGUUAGUGUAGUUCUGAACGCUUGAUAGGCUAUGCAUGGUAGUUAAUGUAGUUAUGAACGCUUGAUAGGCUAUGCAUGGUGGUUAGUGUAGUUCUGAAUGUUUGUUAGGGUAUGCAUGGUGGUUAGUGUAGUUCUGAAUGUUUGUUAGGGUAUGCAUGGUGGUUAGUGUAGUUCUGAAUGUUUGUUAGGAUAUGCAUGGUGGUUAGUGUAGUUCUGAAUGUUUGUUAGGGUAUGCAUGGUGGUUAGUGUAGUUCUGAAUGUUUGUUAGGGUAUGCAUGGUGGUUAGUGUAGUUCUGAAUGAUUGUUAGGAUAUGCAUGGUGGUUAGUGUAGUUCUGAAUGAUUGUUAGGGUAUGCAUGGUGGUUAGUGUAGUUCUGAAUGUUUGUUAGGAUAUGCAUGGUGGUUAGUGUAGUUCUGAAUGUUUGUUAGGGUAUGCAUGGUGGUUAGUGUAGUUCUGAAUGAUUGUUAGGGUAUGCAUGGUGGUUAGUGUAGUUCUGAAUGUUUGUUAGGGUAUGCAUGGUGGUUAGUGUAGUUCUGAAUGAUUGUUAGGGUAUGCAUGGUGGUUAGUGUAGUUCUGAAUGUUUGUUAGGGUAUGCAUGGUGGUUAGUGUAGUUCUGAAUGUUUGUUAGGGUAUGCAUGGUGGUUAGUGUAGUUCUGAAUGUUUGUUAGGGUAUGCAUGGUGGUUAGUGUAGUUCUGAAUGUUUGUUAGGGUAUGCAUGGUGGUUAGUGUAGUUCUGAAUGCGUUCUGUUCUUUUAGCUGUGGUCAUAAGGAGUGAGCUAGUGUGACGCACACCACGGUUCAUUAAGGCAACAGGAACUAGAUAUCUCUGUUUACCUCAAUGCUGUUUAACCAACUAUCCACCAUCAGAUGUGAGUAGUUUGAAUGUUUCUUUCAUUCCUCUUUCAGUACGGCCACACAGACUCCUGAUACAAUACUACAAACUGCAUUAAAAUGUCUUCACACUGUUUUGUUGGAUGAAUAGUUUGUUGUGUACUGCAUUAGUUUAGGUUGUUAGAUAACAUUCCUUUCUUAGAAAUUUUAAGCGUCUUACAUUUAAAAAAAAAAAAAAGAUUAUGCUUAUAAUUGAAGUGUAAAUUCUACAGUCAUGUAAAAUGGGUUGUAACAGGAAGGUAAAUAAAAAUUAAAGCAUCAAACGCAUCUCGGUUGUAUAAGAAGAAUAAAAUAAACUCAAAUUAAAAAUGUC